GCCGCUAACGACCGUUCGAACAUCACAAAACAUCGUUAAACAUAACUGGAUUUUGUGGGCCUUUUUUGGCUUAAGGAGCCAUACAAUUGUAACCAAUAUGAAUAAGACGGCAAAAGAGUAUGUGAAACGGGGAAAGAAGAGAAAGAAAGUAGCACCCGCUCAAGUGGAGGCGCCGAAUGAAAAGAAAACAUUUGACAAUACAUUCGCUCUUGAAUCUCCACGAUCGAAUUCUACAGUAAGGAAUACACAAGACAGGGAGAAAGUUGAAGUGAAAAAUUCGCGCAGCCGGCGACUUCCUCCCAUAGCUCCUCUUGUAGCACAACUCCCACAAACAAAUGAUACUGAAAUUCUCGAGCUGAAGAAUGGUAGUGCGGAUAUCACGAGGCAUGUUGACACUUCAUCUGAAGUCGACACAGGAAGCCUUCCAGUUGUCCGCACUUGCACAGAAAUCGCGUUUAGUCCCGCUACGACAAGACGGAGGAACGAAAAUAUGACGAGCUACGAGAGAAUGCUUCAACGUGAAAAACGUAGAAGUAGGAAGAAGAGCGUGCGUUCCUACACUAUUUUACAUAUGGAAACAGAAGAUCAGGAGACUGAAUCCAUUGAAGGAUCGACGCUGCAUGUUGUUGAAGAUGAUGCCGUGACUGCUCAGUCGAGCGUUUCCGUUCGCAGUCGCUGUUCGAGUUUACAAGACCCGAACCAAGGUUUGCUAAAAUAUGUUGCUAAGCUAUCGAGCUCUCCUAAUUUAGAAGAUUCCUUGGACUUGGAGUACAUUAAGUCCUUGAUACGCGAAGGAGCAUCCGUGAACACGUGUGACAGAUUUGGUCAGACCUUACUUCACGAGGUGUCCAAGACUUGGGGAAUUGACGUGGCGCAGUUUUUCAUCGAGCAAGGGGCUGACAUCAACAAAGCCGAUGACUAUGGUAGAACACCUUUACACGUGGCAGCCUCGGCUGAUUAUUCUGAAAUGGUCAGAUUUCUUAUCGAUAAUGGUGCUGAUCUUCACAUGAAGACUGCAGGUGAGGACCAGACUCCGUUGCAUUAUGCCGCGAAGAAUGAGGCUAAUCAGUGCGUUAAGAUUCUGCUCGUUUGUGGAGCUGAUAUCGAUGCUAGAGACUACAAACUCCGUACUCCCCUGCAGGUUGCUGCUGAAUACAAUAGUGCCGAGGCAACGCGGACGCUUCUGGAUGAGGGAGCCUCGGCCGGCGUCAAGGACGAUAGUGGAUUGUCAGCCCUUUCGCUACUUAUUUCUCAGAUGCCUGUUGUGGCUUACAAAGCUCUAGACCAGUUCCACUCAGUCGACAGAAUUCAUCGAAAGCAACAUUUUUAUUUGAAUUUCCUGGAAAGUUGCCACUCCCCCAAGGGGUGCAAUACCUUCGCCCCCUCCCCCUUACAAGCUGUUUCGCAAUCGAACUGUCUUGAACUUAUAAUGCAUCCCAUCUUUCAACGCCUCAUCGAUGUAAAAUGGAGAUAUUUUCGAGCCGAAGCUUGGUUAGAUAUUCUACCAAACGUGUUGAUGGCUAUACUAUACACAAUAUUGGCGUGUUCAGUACCCCAAAAUGUGGACAACUUUUACACUCCUCUGAGUAAGAAUUGGUGGAAGAUAGUGAUCGCGAUAGUUUUUCUUGCCAUAACGCUUAAUGAAAUCAGAAAGGAAGGGAAGGAAUACUACAGAUCCAAGAAGCAAUCUAAGAAAUUGAUGAAGUGGAGAAGAAAGGAGGUGGAGCGCGACUUUGCAUUCUGUCAUCCCAGGUGGCCUCAGGAAAGAAACUUUGUAGAGCAAGAACUUAAAAGAAUCAAGCAGGAUAAGGGGAACAAUUAUUUCUCAGACGCUUGGAAUUUUGUAGACAUUAUUACCUAUGCCAUGCUUGUAGUCGUUACCAUUCUACACAUGAGCAGUGUCUUUGUCGAGAACAAUCUCUACCAUGAUGUCUUCAUUCGUAUCUUGUCUUGCAGUGUGAUCCCCGUGUGGGUUCGUUUGCUCAAAUACGCCCGUCCAUUUCCCAACCAGGGCCCGUUUGUUGUGAUGCUUGACCACAUUGUCAAGGACAGUGCCAAAUGGUUGCUCGUGAUAAUGAUGAUUUAUAUUCCAUAUGGGGCCGCCUUCUGGAUUAUGUACGGUCAGAAUUCACAAACCCCCGUCAAAGGAUAUAACGACACAACGAGUUUAAUUUUCACCAUGCUCCGCAUGCCUUUGUUAGAUGACUAUAAUUUCGCUCAGCUAGAGAAGGCUGCCCCCUAUAUGGCACGCGUUCUUUGUGGCUCUUUUAUAAUUAUAUCCGCCAUUGUUCUGAUGAAUCUAUACAUUGCACUUUUGUCCAACACUUUCCAACGGGUUUAUGACAACGCACGCGCGACAGCUGCCAUACAGCGAGCUCGACUUCUUCAAGAUCUGGAGUUAGAUACUUCAGAGAAUAAGCUUAGGCGCUACAGAGAAUAUAUAAGAGAGAACUACAGUCCCGAAGAAAAUGAUUAUAUUGCAUUUUUCUCGGAAGAAGAAGAACAGAGCCGGAGACAGGAUGAGAAAGUAUCUGAAAUUCAUAACAUUGUGAGUAAACGCUUCGGAGGAAAGAAGUUUGGUAAACUGGAACGAAGUGAGUUCGAUUCAGUUUUGGAUGAUUUAGACAUGCUCAAGCGCUCUCAUGCAGAGAUAAGACGCUCUCUUUCUUUGCUUACUUCAAACCUGGAGGAAUUGACCAGAUCGAAUGCAUUGAUAGUCGACGAGCGCAACCGAAUCGAUCGUUUUCAAGAACAAGAACACAUUUUAAAACGAUUAGAUUGUACAGUUGCAAGAAUAGAGGCGGUGUACGAUAUCGACAAUGGCCGAAAUCCUGGAAAACCACAACGAUACCACAAAGCAAAUCAAACCGAAUGAUAUCUUCGCUGACAACACAGACCAUGUAGCGACAAUUUAAUUAAAGUUAAAAAAAAAUCACUGUUUUUAUUUUGAUACCUGACUCAAACAAAUGGAUUAUGUA